AUGCCAGUCGACCAUUUUCAUAACGAAUCUCGAUAUGAACCUCAUACCAAUGCUACAUUUACACAGUUCUACUGGCUGGAUACUACCAACUAUGUUCCUGGGGGCCCGGUCAUAAUCCUUGCUAUUGGAGAGGAUUCAGAGUCGGGUGACUUUCAAUGGCUGCAGAAAGGUCUUCUCCAUGACAUCGCCAACGCCACUGGAGGAGUUGCGGUUCUAUGGGCCCAAAGGUACUAUAGUGGCGGCAACAUUGUACCCCCAAGUCAGCCUUAUACCACCGAAAACCUUCGCUUUCACAGCACCGAACAAGCGAUGGCCGACCUCGCCUACUUUGCCCAAAGAGUGAGUUUCCCAGGGCUCGAAGAUCGGAACCUCACGGCCGCUACGACCCCUUGGAUAAUACUUGGCGGGUCUUAUGGUGGAGUUAUUUCUGCCUUUACUCGUAUUCAGUACCCCGAUAUCUUUUGGGGCGGAUUGUCGUCUUCCGGAAUCUCUGUCGCCAUCGCGGACGAUUGGCAAUACUACGACGUCGUACGACGGUACGGACCCCCGGAAUGCAUCAAGAGACAGCAACAACUCACGAAUCUAAUGGAUAAUAUCUACGAGAGUGGUAACAAGACGGCGCUGUCUGAGCUCUACGCGGCCUUUAAUGUGUCGGACACCACAAAAUAUCCUGAUCUGGCAAAUCUUCUUAGUGGUCUAUUGGGUCCCUGGGACCAAUCUUGGAAUUACCCGCCAUAUCCUCUGACUGGCCCGGGUUCGUACUGCGACUUCAUCACUUCUCAAACCAAUGCGACUGUGUCUGAAGCCGCCCUUCAGACCGCGGUACAUUCUUUGCUUGUGUACGCCAACAAGACUGCUACUCCUAACGUCACGGACCUCUACUACCCUCUCCUGAACCUGUUCCUGUAUGUGCAAACUCAGUACGACUUCUGUUCAGGCAAGUCGGUGGCCGAGUGCGAGUUCCUGGGUGACCCGGAUCCGUUUGGGUGGCUCGAGUGCACAGAGUACGGAGGGUUUGCAACUGGAUACACCCCAGGCACACCGGGUCGCCCUGAUGCCCUGCCCUUGGUCUCCCGCACAAUGACUCUAGAAUACAAUCUCGACCUCUGUCACUCUACCUACAACAUCACAUACGAUCCACAGCUUGAGCGGUUCAACAAAUAUGGCGGGUUCAAUAUGUCCUAUCCUCGCCUGGCUCUUUCGACCGGCCAACUCGAUUACUAUCGACCGCAGACGCCCCUGGCGGAAUUCCUCGAGGACGGAAGCCCCAAUCCGCGCCUCAAGAGUAAUGGCACGAGCAGCGACCCGGAAAUCGUGAUCCAGGGCGGCUACCACGAAUGGGACUUUCCGGGCCUGCUGCCCAACGAGACGGACUACCAGAUGCCGGCGGUAGCGCGCAGUGCGCAAAUCAGAGAGGUUGAGGCCGUGAAGCUGUGGUUGCAGGCCUGGAAUCAGACGCACGCGGCUUGA